AUGUCUGCUUCCCAAAUUCCCAAUCUCAAUACGUUACGCGGCCCGCGCCUUCGGGGAAGAGGAAGGGGCGGUGGUCGAGGGGUACCCACCGGCUCCUCUGAUCAACAUUCAGGGGAUCAAGUGGUGCAGCAUACUGAUCAGGAUGCCACCGUCUCUCGACUUAGUGCUGUGGAACUGGGGUACAUCUCUGACCCCUUUGUGAAGCUGUUUGUGGCGGAGGGAGCACAGAGACGGUUCCCGAUUAUCAAUCGGGGCUCCUAUGUCCGUACCUCAGCUAUAGAUGUGCUGGUUGAUAGGUUCCUCAGGACUGAUCUCUCACGCCCUAAACAGCUUAUUUCUUUGGGGGCAGGCUCGGAUACCCGCUAUUUUCGUCUGGCUACAGCUUACCCCCAAACUCCCUUACUCUACCAUGAGCUUGACUUCUCCACCAACACAAAGCAGAAGAUUGCCACCAUCAAAGGUUCCGAUCUUCUACGCUCUUUAGUGGCUCAAGCCCAUGACGAUGACUCUGCUGUUCAAAUCUCAGAAGAUGGUACCGCUCUUCAUUCUAAAAGUUAUCAUGUUCACCCGAUAGACCUUCGUACACUGCGUCCACAAUACGAAGGAAGUACACCGCCACCCUCGCUGCCGGGGGUAGAUCCGCAUCUGCCCACUUUGCUUCUUUCUGAAUGUUGCCUCAUAUACCUUCCGCCAGUGUCGGCUGAUGCCGUCCUGAAGUAUUUUACAGAGUAUAUUUUCCCCAGGACAACUCCUCUUUCUUUGAUCUUAUACGAGCCUAUCAACCCUAGUGAUUCAUUUGGACGUGUUAUGGUAUCGAAUCUAGCAGCGAGAGGCAUAGUGCUGCAGACUCUGAAGAGGUACUCGAGCUUAGCUCUACAGAAGGAGCGCCUGCGCGUCAUGGGUUUCACAAGUGGCCAAGCAGCAGCUGAUGUAGAUUUUCUCUGGGAGAAAUGGAUCCCUGAAGAGGAGAAGGAGAGGAUAUCGCAAUUAGAAAUGCUGGACGAAUUAGAGGAAUGGACAAUGCUGGCUAGGCACUAUUGCGUAGCAUGGGGCUGGAGAGAUGGCGAAGAAGCUGACACACAAAGUGCAUUCAAUGGCUGGAAAAGCCUAGACGUACGGAGGACUGAAGCUCUUGUAUAA